AUGCUGCGCGCGUUCCAAAAGGCUGGCGAGGUCUCCAUCCGGCGGCGGCCCCCGCGUGGCUUUGAGACGCAGCCAUGCGGGCCUUUCAACUACAAGGUCGGCAACAUGCCAGAUGACAACCAGCCGCGCAACAUUCUGGAGGAGAUUGUUUGGUACAAGGCGAAGGAGAUCACGGUCUGGAGGGACAAGGUCCCGCUGGCCGCGCUGCAGUCCCUCGCCAAGAAGGCCGCUCCCCCCGUGGACUUCAAGGCUGCCAUCACCGCCCGCGCCGCCGCCACCGGCAAGCCCGGCCUCAUCGCCGAGGUCAAGAAGGCGUCCCCCUCAAAGGGCGUCAUCCAGCCCAAUUUUGACCCGGUCAAGAUCGCGCAGGCGUACGAGGCCGGCGGCGCGGCGUGCCUGAGCGUGCUGACUGACGAGAAGUUCUUCCAGGGCAGCUUUGAGAACCUGCAGCUCAUUAAGGCGGCGGGGGUCAAGUGCCCGCUGCUGUGCAAGGAGUUUAUCGUGGAGGCAUACCAGGUGUUCAAGGCGCGUGUCAGCGGCGCUGACGCCAUCCUGCUCAUCGCGGCUGUCCUGCCCAACCAGGACCUGGCGUACUUCAUGAAGGUGGCGCGGGCCCUGGGCAUGGUGGCGCUCAUAGAGGUGCACACCGAGGGGGAGCUGGCGCGCGUGCUGCAGCUGGAGGGCGUGGAGGACCACCUGCUGGGCAUCAACAACAGGGACCUGGGCACCUUCAAGGUCGACCUGGCGCUCACGCGCCGCAUCAUGGACAGCCCCACCGGCCAGGAGGUGCGGCGGCGCGGCAUCCUGAUGGUCGGGGAGUCGGGGAUAUUCACGCCCGACGAUGUGGCAUUUGUGCAGGCGGCGGGGGUCGGCGCCAUCCUGGUGGGGGAGAGCCUCGUCAAGCAGGGCGACCCCGCGGCAGGUGUGCGGCAGCUGCUGUCUUUGGACGCGUGA